CCCGCAUUUCCUCGGUGCAUUUUUUCCGCUUGCUGAUCGGUCGGGCUUUUCUAUUUGUGGAGAGGCAGAUUAGACCCCUGCAGCCCGGGGAAGGGGUGCUGUUGCCACACCUCCAUCAGCACCGACCAUUAGAGAGCACAAAAUGGCAGAGACUGGCCUCCCCCUUGGCGCCGUGUACACGGGCGCGACGUCGUCGUCGAUGGCUGAGGCGCGAAAGGCAGCCGAGGCGUCGCCCGAGGGCUACAUUCCCUCGGCGUUUGACCCAUCAACAUGCUCCAAAAAGGGCUACUGCACCGUCGCACGCGACAGGGUGCCUCCGGGCAAGAACAAGAUGCCCUCCGACGAUGCGCGCGCAAAGGGUGCCCGGCCGCCGCGCACGACCGACGACGAGGGGCAGCCGUGGCGCGGCUUUGACGUGUACUACGAGGUCCAUGGCACGGGCCCACGCAAGGUCGUCUUUAUCAUGGGCCUCAACAACAGCUGCUUUGGCUGGCUGAACCAGGUCGAACACCUCGCAAAGGACCCGCGCUACUCCUGCCUCGUCCUCGACAAUCGCGGCUACGGCAACUCAGAGACGCCGGCAGCCAACUACCGCACAUCCGAGAUGGCCCUCGACAUCCUCGAGCUCGCCGAUGCGCUCGGCUGGACAGGCAAGCUGCACCUCGUCGGCGUGAGCAUGGGCGGCAUGAUCUCGCUCGAGAUGGCCAAGGUGGUGCCCGAGCGCAUCGCCUCGCUCACCCUCCUCAGCACGACGUCGGGCCGGGGCAAUGGCGAGAAGCACCUCUCGACGUCGCUGCCGCCCUGGACCGGCGUCUCGACGAUUGCCCGGCUCAUUGCCGGCCGGACGAUGGGCUUUGACUCGGACGCCUACCGGGUCAAUGCCGUCAUGGAGCUCCUCUUCCCACCCAAGUGGCUCGACGAGAAGGACACGCGCAACGGCAAGACGAACCGCGAGAACAUGCAGGCAAUGUUUGCCUACCGCUUUGGCUUCACGCGCCGCCAGACCAUCUUUGGCGCGCUGGCACAGGUGCGGGCUGUCAUCACCCACCGUGUCAGCCCUGCGCAGCUGCGGGCCAUUGACGCGGCCGUGCCGGUGGUGACGAUUGUGACGGGCGACCAGGACAAUCUCGUGAACCCGCUCAACUCGCACCACCUGGCCAAGCACAUGAAGCGUGCACGGCUGGUGCAGGUGCCCGAUGCAGGCCAUGCGAUGCCGGUGCAGCUGCCCGACGUCAUCAACUCCAUCCUCGAGCGUGCCUUUGACGAGGGCGAGGAGAAGCACUCCUGAGAAGAAGCUGUAUUAUUGUAAUUGCGAGGAUAGUUGCUGUAGACAGGAGUGCUUGAUUCAGAUCGCGAUGAGUCUCUCGCGCGCU